AUGGCCGCGCCGACGCAAGGAGGAGGCCGCCCGCCGUACCAGUACAUGGACUCGACGUCGCAUGUGCAGGACGACGACAUGGCACAUGUGCCCGUGUGGCAGGACAGCAGCGCCGAGCACAUGUACGGCGACUACGUCAACCCCGGCGGGCACGAUCCUCGACUCGUCGCGCACGUCGACGGCCGCCGCCAUGAAGCCUGA